UCUCCGACCUCACUUCUCACAUCUUUCUCGUGAAGUGGUGGUACGCCCCCAAUCAAUCGAGCUCUUUCCAUGGCGGCCUCCAUGGCGACCUCCUCCCUUGUCUCCAACCCCAAGCCCCUCCUCUCCGACCGCUCCUCCUUCGGCGGCCUCCGCCUCGCCUCCACUGUGCUCCGCCCCCACCAAAGCACCGGCCGCUCCUCCCUCUCCGUCACCGCCUCCGCCGCCCCCAAGUACGACCUCGACGCUUUCACCUUCGCGCCCAUCAAGGAGUCCGUCGUCUCCCGCGAGAUGACCCGCCGCUACAUGACGGACAUGAUCACGUACGCCGACACUGACGUGGUGGUCGUCGGCGCCGGCUCCGCCGGGCUUUCCUGCGCCUACGAGAUCUCCAAGGACCCCUCCGUCCGCGUGGCCAUCGUGGAGCAGUCCGUCUCCCCCGGCGGCGGCGCGUGGCUCGGCGGCCAGCUGUUCUCCGCCAUGGUCAUCCGCAAGCCCGCCCACCUCUUCCUCGACGAGCUCGGCGUGCCCUACGACGAGGCCGACAACUACGUUGUCGUCCGCCACGCCGCCCUAUUCACCUCCACCAUCAUGAGCCGCCUCCUCGCCCGCCCCAACGUCAAGCUCUUCAACGCCGUCGCGGCAGAGGACCUCAUCGUCAAGGACGACCGCGUCGCCGGCGUCGUCACCAACUGGGCGUUGGUCUCCAUGAACCACGACACCCAGUCGUGCAUGGACCCCAACGUGAUGGAGGCCAGGGUGGUGGUGAGCUCCUGCGGCCACGACGGGCCGUUCGGAGCCACCGGCGUGAAGCGGCUCAAGGAUAUCGGGAUGAUCGAGUCGGUCCCCGGGAUGAAGGCCCUCGACAUGAACACGGCGGAAGACGCUAUCGUGCGCCUCACCAGGGAAGUCGUGCCCGGCAUGAUCGUCACUGGCAUGGAAGUCGCUGAGAUCGACGGAGCUCCGAGAAUGGGGCCGACCUUUGGGGCGAUGCUGAUCUCGGGACAGAAGGCAGCGCACCUGGCGCUGAAGGCGUUGGGGCGGCCCAAUGCCAUCGACGGCAGCAUCGGAGCCGAGUCGGUACACCCGGAGCUUGUGCUGGCCUCGUCGGACGCCGGGGAGAUCGUGGACGCUUAGGGCUCUGCAGCAGGAAUAAGUUUUAAUUAGCUUGGACUAAAUAAGCAGUUGGGUUGUGAGAGGGAUGAGGAUGAGGCGUUUGGGAUCUAUUCUCGAUCCCCCUCUAAUCUCUAUGGAUGCUUAAAUUUAUCCUUGUCAAGAAAGAAAGAUAUGUCGUCUUCUCUUGCUGCUGCA